GCUCCCGCGGCUCCUGUCAGAUGUCCUACACGUACGAGUGGCGGUGCAGCUGCGACUCGGGCUGGUUCGGCGAUGACUGCUCCCUGCCCCUAGAGAGCGACUGUGCCGAUGACAUCGACAACGACAAAGACGGCCUGCGCGACUGCGAGGACCCAGAGUGCUGCGGGACGUCGGCCUGCGCCGCCAGCCAGCUCUGCCUCAGCUCGCCCGACCCGGUGGAGGUGCUGCUGGGCAAGCACCCGCCCCGCAUCACCGCCUCCUUCUUCGAGCGCAGCCAGUUCCUGAUCGAGGAGGACAGCGUGCAGCGCUACGCCCGGAGCGAGGCCUUCAACCAGAGUCUUUUCUGGAAAAGCUUUAACGCCAGUCGGGCGGCCGUGCUGCGAGGUCGGGUCAUCACCGACGCCGGCUACGGCGUGCCGGGUGUGCGCGUCAGCUCGGAGAACCCCGCCGAGGGAUUCACGCUGACUCGGCGCCACGGCUGGUUCGACUUCCUGGUCAACGGCGGCGGCGCUGUGAAGCUCUGGUUCCGCCGCUCGCCGUUCCAGCCGGUCGAGCGCGUGCUGCACGUGCCCUGGAAUGAGAUUGUCGUCAUCGAUGACGUGGCGCUGACGACCUUGGCCGCCUCCGCCGUCUACAGUGGCCAGCCCACCUGCGCCCACCACGACUACGACAUCAUGAAGCCUGUGGUGCUGGCCAGCUGGAAGCACGAGUUCCAGGGCGGCUGUCCCGGCGAAUCGGCCGUGCUGGCCGAGUCGCAGGUGGUGCAGGAGUCGCUGCCGGUGCCGGCCACCGAGCUGCACCUGGUGUACCACUCGUCGCGCAGCCGCGGCUACCAGAGCACCAUACAGCUGCAGCUGACGCCGGAGACGGUAGCGCCCUCCCUGCGUCUGGUCCACCUGCGCGUGCACCUGCAGGGCGAGCUGGUCAGCAAGACGUUCGAGGCCGAACCCAACAUCAAGUACACCUACUCCUGGAACCGGCUCAACGUGUACAGCCAGCGCGUGUACGGCGUAACGACGGCGAUCGUCCGCGUGGGGUACCAGUACGCCGACUGCUCCCAGGUCAUCUGGGAUACCCAGACCACCACCAUAGCCGGCAGCGACAUCAGCAUCUCCGAGAUAGGCGGCUGGAACCUGGACAUUCACCACGCCUACAACAUUCCAGAAGGUAUCCUCCAGAAGGGGGACGGCACGAACGUGCACCUGCGCCAGCGGCCGCAGCUGCUGCGUACGACCGUGGGCGGCAGUCACCAGCGCGAGAUCGCCUGCCGCAGCUGCCAGGGCGCUGCGGGGCGCCAGCGGCUGCUAGCUGCCACGGCGCUGGCCGCCGCUGCCGACGGCUCACUGUACAUCGGCGACUUCAACCUGAUCCGGCGCGUCACGCCCGCCGGCAGCGUGGAGACGGUGGCCGAGCUCAACUCGACGGGCGUGUCCUACCGGUACCACCUGGCGGUCAGCCCGCUAGAUGGCGCCGUCUACGUGUCCGACCCAGAGUCGUACCAGAUCCUGCGCGUGCGCCAACCUCACGCGCCAGCUAAACCCGCCGCCAACCUGGAGCCGGUGGUGGGCAACGGCGAGAGGUGUCCGCCCGGCGACGAGUUCGGCUGCGGCGACGGCGGCCGCGCGCGCCACGCCCGCCUCACGUACCCCAAAGGUAUCGUCGUGGGCGCGGACGGCAGCCUGUUCUUCGCGGACGGCACCAACAUUCGCGUGGUGGACCCGUACCAGAUCAUCAGCACGCUGGUCGGCAACAGCAUGCACAAGUCCCACUGGCGGCCGUUCCCGUGCAUCGGCACGCUGAGCCAGGACCAGGUGCUGCUCCGCUGGCCCACUGAGCUGGCCGUCUCGCCGCUGGACGGCAGCCUGCACUUUAUCGACGAUCAUAUGGUGUUCCAGCUGACGGCCGACUACCGGGUGCGGCUGGUGGCCGGCAAGCCGCUGCAGUGUCCGUCGCGGCGGCAGCGCAGCCCGCCGCAGCUGGCCGCCCAGUCGACGCUCGUCUCGCCGCAGAGUCUGGCCUUCUCGCCCCAGGGCGACCUGUACGUGGCCGAGAGCGACAGCCAGCGUGUGAACCGCGUGCGCGUCAUCCAGACGGACGGCACGAUUCAGGGGCUGGCCGGCGCCGAGUCCAAGUGCAACUGCCGCGAGGACGACUGCAGGUGCUUUGACGAGGACCACGUGCUGGCGGCUGACGCGCUGCUGGGCGGAAUCGCGGCGCUGGCCGUCACGCCCGACGGUGCCGUCCACAUCUCGGACCAGGCCAACCACCGGAUCCGCACGGUGUCGGCGCCGCUGCCCGUGCCGGACCGGCGCGGCAGCUACCACAUCCACGCGCCCGACGACGGCCAUACCUACGUCUUCAACCGGUUCGGCCAGCACACGGAGACGCGCAACAUGGUGACGCGGCACACGCUGUACAAGUUCACGUACAACCUGAACGCCAGCAACGGCCGGCUGAGCUCGGUCACCGACGCCAUCGGCAACAAGGUCUCCUUCCUGCGCGACUACUCGUACCAGGUGACCUCGAUCGACAACCCUCUGGGUCAGAAGUGCGAGGUGAUCAUGUCUCCGAGCAGCGGGCAGCUGCAGCAGUUCAUCACCCCCGACCGCUUCAACACCAGCUUCGAGUACCUGGACACCUCGGGACUGAUGGGCGCCCGGUACGACGCGGCCGGCCGCAGCACGACCUACGACUACGACCAGUACGGUCGGCUGAUCGGUCACGUGACGCCCACGGGUCACGUGCUGCGGCUGAGCUUCGAUCUGAGCAAGCAGGGCGCGUCGGUUGUCGUCACCCGGGACGGCAAGGCGGCCGAGAGUCUGCUCAUCCAGCGGAGCACCGUCACCAUGGUGAACGGCUCCGGCACCUGGGUGACCUCGGUGUCGGCUGGCGGUGACCUGGAGCACGUGACGCCCUGGGGUCACGCCACGCUGACGGACGUGGUGACCUACCCGGCGCUGGGCGGCGAGCCGCCGGCGCAGGCGCGCCGCCUGCUGGCGCCCGGCUCGCAGCGGCUCGAGGUGGCCGGAGACCCGGUCAACAGGUUCGAGUGGCUCUACUUCACCGAGAAGCAGGCGCGCGGCCGCGGCAGGAGGAUCACCAAGGUGGGGCGAAACCUGAAGGUGAACGGCGACAUUCAGCUGACUCUGGAGUAUGACGUGGCGUCGUCGCGCCAGUCGGUGCGCACGCGCAAUGACAUCACCAUUCUGGACAUCAGCUACGAUCAGCUGGGUCGGCCGACGGCCUGGCGCGCGCACGGAUACUUCCUCGAUGUGGAGCUCGAGUAUGACCAGUUCGGUCGUCUGAGGAAGUGGAAGAGAGGCGGCCGGACCGAGUCGUACCGCUACGACCGCGUGGGCCGUCUAACGACCGUCACCGGCCCCGACGGCUCCAAGCUGCAAUACCGGUUCAGCCAACCGACCAGCACCCAGCCGUCGGCGGUGGUGAUGCCGGGCGGCGGCGAGUACCAGCUGCAGCUGGGUGCCGCCGGUGCCGUGGAGGCGGUGACGGUGCCAGGCGGCGGCCGGCACGCCUGGUCCGUUCAGACCGGGCUCGGCCUCAUGCAGCUGACCUACUCGUGGCCCGGCUCCGAGCAGCCCUAUACCCUGCUGCUCAACGACAGGCUGCAGGUGGUGGAGCGUCGCCUGCCGGACGGUCGGCGGACGCUGUACCAGCACGACAGCGCCGGCCGCCUGCAGCAGGCCGUUUGGGGCACGGGCGACCUGCUGCUGCGCUACCAGGCCGACGGCGCCGCGCUACAGGCUGUCAGCGCGCAGGACGCCGGCUUCGACGCCGUCACCGAAUUCAGGCUGCACGCCGGCCUGCGCAAGAAGGAGGACAACAAGUUCCAGCGCGGCGACGACUUCCACAGCACCAAGUUCAAGUACCAGUACGACGGCAACGCGCGACUGCGCAAGAUCAACGUGGAGGUGGGCAACACGGAGCUGUCGCCGAUCGUGCUGCGCUACUCAUCCACGCAGGGCACGUUGGAGCAGGUGGACGACCUCAAGAUGUACUACAGCCACCCCAACCGCUCGGUCGUGCACGACGGCGACAAGUCCUUCAGCAAGGUCACCAUGAUGAGCGGCUUCAACGAGCCGGAGCUCACCGUGCUCAACCUCCACGGCUACGACGUAUUCCGGCUGGAAACGGUCUACGACAAGGCGGGCCGCAUCAGCCGCGAAACGGCCGCCGUCGGCAACAACGUGGUGCGCAUGCGCUUCAACUACACGGCCGACGGCCGGCUGGCGGCGGCGGAGGCGCACGAGAGCUGGACGUACGAGUACGGCGCCGGCGGCAACGUGCGGCGCGUCACCACGCGGCAGGGCUCGGUCGACCGGCAGUACGACGCGUCCGACCGCAUGACACGCUACGGGGACGUUGACGACAUGCGCUACGACGCCAACGGCUUCCUGGCGCAAGCUGACGGCCGGCGCAUGACGUACGACGCGCGCGGCCGGCUGACGCAGGUGGUGGACGCCGCCGGCCGCCAGGUGGGCUACGUGUACGACUGGCUGGGCCGCCUGGCGGCGAGGCGCACCUCCGACGGCCAGGUGGUGCAGUACCUGUACGCCGACCCGUACCACCCGCGCCGGCUCAGCCACGCGCACCGGCCGGCGCAGGGCCGCACCGACACCUACCUCUACUGCCACCGCGGCCACCUGCUGGCCGUGCAGAGCGCGGGCCAGCGCCACUACGUGGCGGCCGACACGCGUGGCACGCCGCUGGCCGUCUUCAACACGCACCGGAGCGUGGUGAAGGAGAUGCGGCGGGAUCCGUGGGGCCACGUGAUCCGCGACACGAACGCCGGCCUGCCCCUCGACGUCGACCUGUUCGGCUGGGUGCGUGACCUCGAGCUGGGCCUGCUGUUCGACCCGGCGGGCCGCGUGUACGAGCCGCGCCUGCAGCAGUACCUGACGCCCGGCUGGGAGGCGGCGCUGGCGCGGCUCCACCAGCCCGAGGCGCUGCACCUGUACCGCUUCAUGGACAACGACCCGGUGAACGGGGCCACCCGCCACCCGCCGCCCUCAGACCUGCGCUCGUGGCUGGCGGAGUUCAGCUUUGACCUGGACCGGAUGCAGGGCUCAGUGUACGCGCAACGCCUGGUGCCGGAGCCGUCUCCGCCGCUGGCGGUGCCGCAGCUGCCGGCCGCGCCGCGCCUCAUCUCGGGCCUGGCCUGCAUGGAGCGGCGGCGGCGUGCCGUCUUCUCCGAGCCGGACCAGGUGUCACCCGGCGGUCAGCUGGCGACCGGGGGCGGCGGCCGCUGGCCGCUGGUGCCUCGGCUGGCCGCCGUCGGGCCGCCGCUCGGCGCCGGCCUGCUGCUGUCGGACGAGCAGGGCCGGGCGGCGCUGCGCCAGGCCGGGCCGGCCGGCGUGCUCCAGGACGUCAUGCUCAGCGUACUGAACGCCAGCCGGCUGCUGGACGUGCGGCUAACGGACGGCGACGGCCGUCAGCAGCUCUUCUUCCUGCGGCCGGCCGCCAGCCGCGAGCCGGACGCCCAGCAGCUGCAGCGGCUCGGUCGUUACAACCUCAGCCGAGCCGACGACCGGCUGCAGCUGGCGCUGCCCGACGCCGCCAUCCACCUGGUGUACGGCGCCGACGACUCGCCGCAGCGCGAGCUGAUCGACACGGGCAGCGUGGCCGGCGCGCGCGCCGAGGACGUUCACCCGCUGACGGCGUACCCCGCGCUCGCCGGCGAUUGGUCCAACGUCGCGCUGCGGCCGGCCGGCCGGAGACGCAGCCGCAAGUCGGCACGCAGGAGGCUGCGGCGCCGCUUCCUGCGUCGCCACGCGCUCUGA